CUAUCCAAUAACAAUUACUUGGACGGUCUCUUCUUCCUCAGAUAAACGAGAAAAAAAUCUCUAAAUGGCGUCAGUUUCUGCAAGUUUGCCUCCACCAUUGCUGCUCACUCAGAGAAAACCUAAUCUCACAUCAGUUCAGAAAAUCCCAUUUUCUCUUAUUCGAGAUAGAAGAAGCCCUAGCAUGGGUGUUAUGGUGAAAGCUAAUGGUAAAAGUUCUGAAUCAUCGACUGAUCUUGACGUCAUUAGUUCAAUUCAGAAUGUUUGGGAUAAGUCUGAAGAUCGUUUAGGUCUUAUUGGUUUGAGUUUUGCUGCUAUUGUAGCUCUUUGGGCGUCACUUAACAUAAUCACGGCAAUCGACAAAUUGCCUGUUAUCUCCUCUGGGUUUGAACUAGUUGGUAUCUUGUUCUCCACGUGGUUUACAUAUCGAUAUCUCUUGUUCAAACCCGACAGAGAGGAGCUAUCCCAAAUUGUCAAGAAAUCAGUGACGAAUAUACUUGGCCAGUAGAAAACCCUUUCUCAAAAGGAAAAAAAAAAUAUACUUGGCCAGUAAGGCAGUAAAUGCAUGUGGUAUCCUGAGAUGAUUUGUGUUUGUGACAUGAUAGAUGUUGUUAUCUCUGGUUCAUGUUCAUGUUCUGAACCUGUAAAUACUGUAUUUGGGUUUUGGUUGCUGUUUCUUGUGAACAAAUCAAUCAUUUCAUAUAAAGAAUUAAGACAUCAAGAUCA